UCAGAGCCAUUGAGCAAACAGAGAGGAGCCAAUAAAACAUCAGGCAGUGGGAACUGGACAUUCUGCAGGCUGCCCAGGUACAGUGGAGCAGACAUGGGUCCUCGAGGCGCCCCUCUCCUGGCAGUGGUCCUUGUCUUGGGGCUGUAUGCUCUGGUGGAGGGCCAGAAACCCUCUCCCUGUCAGUGCUCAAGGAUGACACCACAGAACAGAAAGACCUGUGGUAACCUGGGCAUCACCAGUAAGCAGUGCUUUAAUCUUGGAUGUUGCUUUGACUCCAGCAUCAGUGGGGUCCCCUGGUGUUUCCUCCCACUUCCAAACCAAGAAUCAGAGCAGUGUGUCAUGGAAGAAUCAGCCCGAAAGAAUUGUGGGUACCCAGGCAUGAGCCCUGAGGAGUGUGCUGUUCGAAACUGCUGCUCUUCCAACCUGAGCUCUGACGUGCCCUGGUGUUUCUUCCCACAGUCUGUGGAAGGUAAAUGGUUGCAGAUUGUCAUUACUGAGAGGUCCUGCUGUCCUGCUGCUGGCUCCCUGCGAGCUGCAAGCCAGAGGAUAAAGGUCUCAGCUGGACUCCAUCAACUUCUGAGUUUUCAUAAAGGAUCCUGACUCUCUGCAGUGGCCAAUCAUGGCAAUAUUCCUAGUAAAGAAACCUUUAAAACCUG